AUGAGCCUCCGUCUGUCCAACAGCCGCGCGAUCGGCGCUGCGCUGCGCUCUGCCGGCUCCUCCGUGCGGCCCAUCGCCGCCCGCAGCUUCACCACCACCAUCGUGCGCGCGAAGCCGUCCGAUGCCGAGCUCCCGAACAUGCGUUCUGCGCAGCGCUCCGACCCCGGUCCUCUGAAGGCGCCAAUCGUGAACCCGGCCGAUAAGUACACUGAGAAGGGCGAGGCUCUCCACAAGUACGGCCAGUACCUCCUGUCGUGUCUGCCGAAAUACAUCCAACAAUUCUCGGUCUGGAAGGACGAAUUGACCAUUUACAUCCCGCCCCAAGGUGUCAUCCCCGUCUUCACGUUCCUUAAGUACCACACCGCCGCCGAGUACACUCAGAUCAGCGAUAUCACUGCCGUCGAUUUCCCCACCAAGGAUCAGCGCUUCGAGGUCGUCUACAACUUGCUCAGUGUCCGCCACAACUCCCGCAUCAGGGUUAAGACCUACGCCGACGAGGCCACUCCGGUUCCCAGUGUCUGCAGCCUCUACGAUGGUGCCAACUGGUAUGAGAGGGAGGUCUACGAUCUGUUUGGCGUUUUCUUCGUUGGCCACCCCGAUCUGAGGAGGAUUAUGACCGAUUAUGGCUUUGAUGGACACCCGCUGAGGAAGGAUUUCCCGAUGACUGGCUACACUGAGAUUCGCUACGACGAGGAGAAGAAGAGGAUUGUUGUUGAGCCGCUCGAGAUGACCCAGGCUUACAGGAACUUCAGGGGUGGCAGCGCUGCUUGGGAACAGGUCAGUCCUGGCCAGGACAGGAAGCCGGAGAGCUUCAAGCUCCCGACGCCCAAGCCGGAGCCCCCGAAGGAGGAGGAGAAGAAAUAA